AUGAUUGUGGUUAUGAACCCUUCAAUUACGUUCGCGUGCUUCUACACCCGUCGCGCCCGCGCAAGAGGCAGCGCGGGACAGCAGCGCCGCCAGCGGCGGGCGAAGGAACAGCGCGCGCGGCGAGCGCCUCCGCUCCAGACGACGGCGGGCCGCUCGCGCGGGCACAUCGAGUACGGAGCAGUGGAGCACCCGUUCUCCGCUCUACGCGCCACCGGCGACCAGCCGCUCUCGGCUCCGUGCAACGUGCGUCCGUUUGGUCUGCGUAGCUGUGUGUCGCAGCGGAGUUGCCUGUUGCUGGAGUCACAGAAUUGUCCACAGCGAAUCUCCAAAUUUGCCGUGGCACGUUGGGAUCGUGCUCCUCUGAAACUAUUUCAGUCUUGGGCCAAACAGCAGACAGGCGGCACUUUGCCAACCAGAGGAGCAACCCCGCCGUUGACUGUCGACACAUCGGGUGACCUUCCUUGUUAAUUGAAGAGCCAUCUACCUAAAUUGCUCGAAUUCAAAGUGCCUGCUUGAGAAGAACGUCCAUUUCCUUUUCAUGACUCGAACAAAAGCAUCGCUUUGAAAGUAAUAAGUGUUUAAUAGAAGCACGCACGUAAUCCUCGAUGAUCCAAGGGAGAGAGUGAGAGAAAAAAUUGAGGGGAAGGGGGCACGGUUUGUACUAAAAGGCC